GUAUUGGUGAUGAAAAGGAUGCGGCAUUUUCGCGAGUUCGAGUCCGACACAAUGCUGCGGGUGUCGUGGAGACACGUAAAGAAGAGCCGUGCUUCCAUGCGUCGUGCAUCGACGUUGCAAGUGUGCGAUACCAUAGAGUCCUAUCGGAAGGUCCGCGGAAGCAUUGCGCCUGGCGCAACCGUUGGGUUCGUGCCAACCAUGGGGGGACUUCAUGCAGGCCACUUGUCCUUGAUCCAGGAAGCCAGGAAACGAUGCGACGUGGUUGUGGCCAGCGUAUUCGUCAACCCGGCACAGUUUGGACCGAACGAAGACUUUGAAAAGUACCCGCGCACUCUGGAGGCGGACUUGGCGCUGUUGCGACAGGAAAACGUCGACAUUGUGUUCACGCCGGCGCGGGACAGCAUGUACUCGUCUUCGUUCCGGACGUACGUCGAUCCCGAGGGCUUUAACGAUGUGCCGGAAGGGCAGUGCCGCCCCGGUUUCUUCCGCGGGGUCGCUACGAUCGUCGCCAAACUCUUCAACAUCGUCGCACCCACCCACGCCUUUUUCGGUCAAAAGGACGCCGUCCAAUGUGUCGUCAUCAAGCGCGUCAUUGCCGACUUGAACUUCCCCAUCGAGUUGCACGUGCUCGACACCUGCCGCGAGCCCAGUGGACUGGCCAUGUCUACCCGGAACCAGUACUUGACGCCCCAAGAACGACAGGCGUCGGCGGUAAUCUUUGCCGGCCUUAAGCAAGCCGCUGACGUGUUUGCCGCCGCCACCGCCGCCACCGUGCCAGCCAGUGUCCUCCGCGCCACCAUCGAGAAAGUGUACAAGUCUGAGCCCCGGCUCCAGAGCAUCCAGUACAUCUCGAUCGCAUCCAAGGAGACAAUGGACGAGCUUGACGAUGUUUCGAAGGACCAAGGCGCGAUCAUCUCUGUGGCAGUCAAGGUCGGUCAAUGCCGAUUGAUAGACAACAUUGUCUUGUGAUGCCGCAAAACCCAUUCAGACAGUCACAUAACUAUCAGUCGGUAAUACUAUGUAGUAACGGGCAUA